UGGCGCCGGAGCCGACCAUGCUGGGCCGGCGGCGCGUCUUCGCCGUGGAGCCGCUUGGUGGCCGGGAUGGGGCUGCGGAGGACCUAGCAGGCGGCUGUAUAGUGUCUGGGGUCACCAGCACCUACCGACGGCUCCCGGACGCUGCUCACAGGUGUUCAUUGGACUCUGGGACAGAAGAUGGCGAGCUGAGAUGUCUCGAGAGGCAGGUGCCGCUUCUCAAACUGGCCUCCCGGGACUCAGGAGUGGAGAUGGCAGUUGGGGACAGCCCCCUGGCCACCUCACCAGGCCUUUCUCAGGACUCUCUGGACUUUGAGCCCAUGGGGAGCCCUGGGACCCGGGCCCACUUGGGCCAGCUGCUGGCCAGCCACAAGCUGGAGCAGGCACUGGAGAGGUCCCACCGGCUCCCAACUUCCCCGACCAUCUUGUCAAGACAGCACCACUCCCCGCAGCCACCAAGCAAGCCUCAGUGUGAAAUGCCCCCUUUUGGAGCAGGGCAACAGAAGUUCACUGAGGCAGAAACUGACCUAGAGGCAGGCCUGGAAAAAGAGGCGGUGGGGGAUUUGGGGUCUGGAGCCUGGGCCUGCCUCCCAGGGCAGGGUCUUCGCUACCUGGAACACCUGUGCCUGGUGCUGGAGCAGAUGGCGAGGCUCCAGCAGCUCUGCCUGCAGCUGCAGGCCCAAAGGCCUCCUGCAGGUCCUGAAGAGGAGGAGUUGGCCCUGGCCCCUUUACCUUUACCUUCUCACACCCUAGGUGGGGGGGUGCAGGGGCCAGGGGAGCUGCUCAGCCAGACAGAGGACACAGUGGUGAAGGCAGCUUCACGCUCAAAGGCGGGGAUGCCUAGUGCCAAUCUUCCCAGGUUGCCAGAGGCCCCAGUGGAGCCAACCCACAACUUUCCAUCCUGCCAGGGACACAAGCAGGAUCUGUCCCACUGGGACAGAGUCAAGGUCCUGCUGAACCGGAUCCGCUGGAGGAGCCCUCGACAUCCUGGCCCCCCUGCCCCUCCUGAUGGUUGUGGCCCCAGGAUUGAGUCCAGGGACCUCCCUGAAAGGCCUCAGGGCCAUCCCCACCAGAAAACCUUUAUGCCAUCAUUAGUGGUUAGGAAGCAACGAGCAAAAAACCUUUCUGUAUGCUGAGCCCUCCUGGUGCACCU